AUGACAGCCGAGGAAGAGGUCAAACCACUCCAGAUUGCAAUUAUUGGCGGUGGACUCGUGGGGGCUUUUGCUGCAGUUACCUUAUCCAGGCUACCAAACGUUUCAGUUACUGCGUACGAGAAAAGCGACAAGGUUCGUGAGGUCGGAGCAGCCAUCACUCUUACCGAAGGCGGCCUUGUGACUCUUGAGCAAGUUUUUGAUCUAGACGAGCUAGAAAAAAUACUCUAUAGAACUCCAGAUAACGGGCAUAUCACUAGACGUCAUUGGAAGACCGGGGAAUAUUUCAAAGAGCCUCACUCUAAAUCACCAAAGUAUCCCAAAUACAACCACGCCAAGGCCCAGAGAGUUCUUCUGCUCGACUUCAUUUUGCAACACGUUCCUGAAGGAACUAUCAAGUACGGCCAAGAGGUGAAAAACGUUAAUGUGAGACAAGAUGGUGUCACCAUCCAUUUUGCCAAUGGAAAUGUGACCAAGGCUGACCUGGUGAUUGCAGCUGACGGCAUAUACUCGAAAAUCCGUCGCCAAUUUACCAAUGAUGCCAUCGUCUACAAGGGAGCAGUUGCUUAUAGAAAUGUCUUUGACGAUAAAAUCGUGGAACAUAUCCCUGGAUUGCCGGAUGAUGUUACCGUCUGGAUUGGCAAAGGGUCUGCAAUGUUCAUGACUAGAUUGAAGCCCGGGAAAUUCAACGUUGCAGCCCAUUUGAGAGAUCCACCAGAAGUCGCUGCCAACCUACGGUGGAACAAGACCACAGGUGAUUGGGGGAAGAAGCGGUUGCUGGAGAACUUCAAAGAUUGGGAUCCACUUAUCGGUCAAAUCCUCGAAGUUAUGCCGGAGUCGAUAGCUUUCCCGCUGGAACGGGCGCCUUGGCUAGAGAAUCUCGUGGUUGGAGACCGGAUUGCGUUUGUGGGCGAUGCUGCUCAUCCAACCUCUGGUGUUUACGGAGCUGGUGCAAACAUGGGAUUUGAUGAUGUAUGGGCCUUGUAUCGGUCCUUGUUGGAGACCAAGUAUAACUUGAAAAAGGCACUGUUUCUCUUCAAUGAGACCCGAGCCCCAUUUUUGAAGCGUGUUGAGAAACAGAUUGAAAUCGAUGAACAGAUUGGUGCCAAGUACAUUGCCACUGCAAAAACUGACGAGGAAUGGAGGAGGAGAAUAGAGCAUAGAGGCCUGUCAGCAAAAUGGAUCACCGAUCAUAAUGUGGACAAUGAGUUCGAGCAGGUUAGGGACCAAAACUUCCUACAAUUGUUUGUAAAUGAAUAA